AGGAGAGAUUGUCUUGUCUUAAUAAAUAGUCUUCUCUCUCUCUCUUUUGUUUGAGUCUGUGAAAUUUGGAGAAAAAAUGGAGAAGAUGAACAGUGCAGUGGAGAGGAUGAAGAUGCUUGUAGGCAUGGAAGUCGACGAAGAAGAAGCCUCUGCUCAACAAUCUGAUUCCUUCAUUGACGAUUUCAAUCGCAAUUGCACCUUGUCCACCACUCAGAGAUUUUACGGAUUCGCAAUUUGUUUGGCUUCUGGAUUGGCCUGCACUCUUCUGUCAAUGCUUGUCUUCUUUAAUCCUAUCAAGUUUGGAAUCGCAUUUACUCUUGGUAAUCUUCUUGCGCUAGGAAGCACAGGAUUUCUUAUAGGCCCUAAACGACAGGUGACCAUGAUGCUUGACCCUGUUCGUAUCUAUGCCACGGCCAUAUACCUUGCUAGUAUUAUAAUUGCCUUGUUUUGUGCUCUCUAUGUUCAUAACAAGUUUUUGACACUCUUUGCAAUUAUUUUAGAGUUUGGUGCUUUGAUCUGGUACAGUUUGAGCUACAUCCCUUUUGCUAGGUCCAUGGUAUCCAAGGUUAUGGUAUCUUGUUUUGACACUGAUUUCUAGGCUGAUGAUAAGAACACAUAACACUACCAAUCCACAAUGGGAGACAGGGUAAUAUUUGUUCGAAUGUGAAAAGUCAAAAGAUGGAAGAGAAUAAAUCCUACCAUAAGUGGUAUUUAUAGGCAGAGAGUAUUGUGAACUUUUCGUUUAAAAUCAAUGUAACAAGUAAGAAUGUCUUUUUCACAAUAGUUGGGUUUUCACGAGUUGGGAUAGGCAUUGAGCAAGAAGUCCAACUCGAUCACCUUUGCGAGUGAAAGUCUUUGAAGACAAUCUCAUCAUGACAAAGGCGAGAAGACGAUUUGUGAGACAAAGCUCGAACAGUUUUGAAUUUGGACAUUGUGUGAAGGUUUCAGGAUAAUUGUAAACUGGUUGCAUCAAGCAAAGUUCUUACUAGAUGAACUGUUUGUAGCCACGCCAAAUCGGUCUAUGCAACAGUGGAGGCACACUUCCAUUGAAGAUUGCAUGCUUGUAAUAAAAAUUGACUCAUAUCGAAUCCUCAACAUUUCUCUUCCUUUUUUAUUUUGCUCAAACUCUUGCAAUUAGUACAACACAUUAGUUGACAAGAAACCCUUGUCACCAGCUUCUGGUGUGGGAAGCCCAUGCUAAUGUUUUUAGGUAUUUUUGAACUUUUGGGUGGUGGUGUGAUCACCACUUUAGUUUUAUGAAGGUAUGUUUUAUUAAUAAAAAAAAAAAAAAAAAAAAAAAAAAAUCAAAUAAAAUAAAUAAAGAAAUUGCAACAACACAAAAA